AUGCUAAAAACCACAGAGCCCGCCGCGCACCGACCCGUCUGGGCGGCCUCAGCAAGGCGUCCACGGCUCCCGCAGCUAUUUAACCCUUCUGGUCGCCACGCGCCCGAUCCGCUGCGCUGCUCGCCGCGACAAGACUCCAAGCCAGCUCCAAGAGCGUGCCAGGCUCUCGGCCCGGAAGACCAUCAUACAUGUCCAGCAUCACCUCCGGUCCCCUCGCCGCGAUGCUGCCGCGCGGGCGGUGAGGUGUGCAACUCUCGUCUGCAGCGACAGAGAGCCCGCCGCGUGUCACUGGGCAGAGGCAAGUCUGCCUAUCAAGGAGGCAGGCCGCUCGGCACUCCUCAGCAACAUGCCCGCCGCCGCGCAGUGCACACCCUCGCUGCUGCCCCGAGAGGCACCGUGCCGGAGGUCGUUGAAAUGAGCCAAAAUGGGCAUGGCCUCCGCCAGGUUGCCGAGGCGCUCCUCGUUCCUGAGUAUGCGAGGCGAAUCUGCGUGGCCGCAAUUGCACGGCAGCAAGGGGGAUCGACUUCGGACCGACGUGCUGCUCGCGGCAUGCCGACUCCUUCGGCUCCUGCAACUUGGGCACUGCGAUCAGAAUGCAUUCUGGCCUCCGCCGGGGGAACAGCGCGGCUGAAACCACAGGAAUGUUUCCACGCCCGCCGCUGA